AUGGAUGACGAAAGCGUAAUGUUAUUUCUCUGUGCAAUGCAAGUAGCUAGUUUAGCAUUGUAUACUGCAUGGAAGGCGGAAAAAUCCAAGCGCUGGAGGAACAGGCGAUGGUGGGUCCGUCCCAUCAAUACUCGACGUGCACAGUAUGGUGACUUCGCAACUUUGUUUGCAGAGUUGAAAGAAGAUGAAGAUAUGUUUUUUCGAUAUACAAGAAUGGAUGAGCCCACAUUUUAUGAAUUAUUGCGAUUAGUAGGUCCGUUCUUGCAGAAAAGAAGUAUCAGAACCCCAAUAUGUCCAGAACAACAUCUUGCAAUAACUCUGAGAUAUUUAGCAACAGGAGAUCAGAUGUUAUCUGUGGCUUUAGCAUACAGAGUAGGAGAGUCUACCGCUCAUAUGAUUGUUAAGGAAACAUGCUCUGCUAUAGCAGAUGUUCUGAUGCCAAUUUAUAUGAAACAUCCCACAGAAGAAAAAUGGACAAGAAUCAGUAGUAAUAUUUUACAAUUAUGGAAUUUGCCAAAUUGUGUUGGAGCAAUCGAUGGCAAGCACAUAAUGAUCCAGGCACCUCCAAACUCUGGCUCAAUAUAUUUUAAUUAUAAGAAGACUUUCAGUCUUGUGCUGAUGGCUGCUUGUGAUGCUCAAUAUAAGUUUACGCUGUUCGACGUUGGUGCGUAUGGCAGUGAAAGUGAUGGUGGAAUCCUCUCCAGAUCAAAUUUCGGACAAUCUCUAUACGGAGGUACGCUCAAUAUACCUGGAGGCACUGCUCGUCUACCAGGAAGUGACAAGGAAGUAUCUUAUUAUUUUGUUGGAGAUAAAGCAUUUCAAAUGUCUACAUACAUGAUGCGACCUUAUCCAGGAAGAUCUUUAAAUAAGCAAAAAAGGAUUUUUAAUUAUCGACUAUCCCGGGCCAGAAGGACAAUUGAAAAUACAUUUGGAAUCUUUGCAGCCAGGUGGAGGAUAUUUCGAAGAACAAUAUAUGCUAAUCCAGAUGUUGCUAACCGAUUGGUGCUGGCAACAAUGUGCUUGCAUAAUUUUUUAAAAACUAAAAAUGUCGAAAAAAUCCCGCUGCAGCAAAGAUAUUGUUCUCCCCAAUUUGCAGACAGAGAAAUGGAAGGAGACUUAAUAGAAGGAGAGUGGAUACAACAAUCACAAGAUAACCAUAUAAGACCUAUAGGAAAUGCAGGAGCACAUCGAGCUACUAGAGAAGCAUAUGCAAUGCGUGAUACUCUCUCGUCAUACUUCAUGACAGUAGCUGGGGAAGUUCCUUGGCAAUAUGAAUAUAUACGUCGAGGACAACAUUACGAUGUACCUUAAAAUUUACAAUUGUAUCGUUUUCCGUACAUUUCUAUAUGUGACGACU